AUGAGAUUAUACACUCUAUUCCUAUUUUUGCUACUUAUUGCUGUUACUCAUGCUGGCUUCUUUGAUUUCAUCAGUCGCAUCGCCAACAAUGAUGGCUCAUCGAAGAAGGCGAAAUCUAAAAUGAAGCCUGUCACUGAUGAUAAAGCUAAAAAAUAUUUACAAGAUUUUGGAUACAUCGGUCCAAGUAACAGUCUCGGCUCAUCUCCUAAUGGCAUGAAUGCUGAUUUUGGUUCAUCUUCUAGCUGGUUAAAGAGAGCUAUCACUAAAUUUCAAGAGUUCGCCGGGCUUCAAAAAACAGGAGAACUAGAUGAUGAAACAAAGACAAAAAUGGCAGAACCACGUUGUGGUGUCAUUGAUGUGGCAGCAGUCACGAGUGGAGGAGCUGCUUUCAAAUGGCGUAAAACACAAUUAACAUACUCUAUUGAAAACUUCUCACCUGAUCUACCAAGGGAAGAUGUUAGACGAGCUGUUCGUGAAGCAUAUAGUCUUUGGUCUGAUGUGACUCCAUUGGAGUUUUCUGAAGUUUCUUCAGGUGGAGACAUCAAAAUUCGUUUCGGAACGAAUAAUCACAAUGAUCCCUGGCCUUUUGAUGGAAAAGGAGGAGUAUUGGCUCACGCCACUAUGCCUGAGAACGGUGCUUUGCAUUUCGAUGACGAUGAAAACUGGGCUUUUGAAGAUGCACAGAAAAUAGGAAGUGAUCAAGCUACAGAUUUUCUAGCUGUAGCCAUUCACGAAGGAGGACAUACGUUGGGAUUGGAUCACUCUAGAAUCGACAGUGCAAUAAUGGCUCCUUUUUAUUCGAAAACUGUGGAUUCUAAUGGGAGAUACAACCGACCAAAGUUACACUCUGAUGACAUUCGAAGCAUUCAAGACAUCUAUGGACCCAGAACUACUCCUCGCACAUCUGGAGGAUCAAGCAGUGGUUCAGGAAGCUCGUUCACAACUCAGAGACCAGGAACAACAACAACAAAAUCUAGUUGGUUAGACAGAUUUUUCGGAAGUGGAAAAGAUACAACGACACGAGCACCCUACACAACAACAAGAUCUACUUUCACAACACGCAGAACCGAUUUUGGAGGAUCCGGCGGAUCAGGAUUUUCAUCAGCCGGUUGUCCAAGGAGUAUAGACGCAUACACUCCAAGCGAUGAUUUCUCAUAUCUCUUCUCAGGCUCUGAUGUUUAUCAGAUUAGUGGAACAAAAGUGCAUAAGAAACUCUCUAUACGGGACAUGUUCCCAUCGGCACCAUCACGAGUCGAUGCUGCUGUGUUUAACCCAGUAGCUGGCACAAUGCUCAUUCUAGGAAAUGGACAGGUCUACGGCUACUACUUCUCAAGAAUCCGUGGAAUUUAUCAGUUGGAUUCUGGUUAUCCAAAACGCUUGACAUCAGAAAUUCGGUUCACACCAUCAGGUGCCUUGCGCUGGAUUAACGGGCAUCAAAUUAUUCUAUCGAGCGGAGAUGACUUUGCUGUUUACGAUGAGUUCUGGAACCAGCAAACUCUCACGAAUAAGAUCUCGAGUUAUUUCCCUAACUUACCCCAAGGAAUCAAAGGAAUUGAGUCACCUUCUGGGUCUUUGGUAACAGCAUUUACCUCUAACAUGGUCUAUCAAUACGAUUCUCGUAGUAAGACAGUUAGACAAUCGAAAUCAUUAAGUUCAUAUCUCGUCUGUUGA